GCUGCGAGCUGGAAAGCAGUCUUUAUGUUGGUGUCCUACAAGAUUUCAGAUGGCGGCAGCAUGAGAGGAAAACCCUAUUUUGAGUGUAAUUGUUGAGCAAUUAGGAGGAACAAAAAUGACGAUCUUUUCUCCUUUCUCCUGGAUCCUGGAAAUUUUUCAGUGGACGCCUUUUGAUCCAAAUCCCGUUGAUUGCUUUUUUAAAGGACUUAUAGGAGCAUGUGGAGUUUCAGUCUUGUAUAAUCAGAUGAGAGUUUACCACUUCUUUCAAGCAUGCAGUGAUUCCGACACCCAAAGUGGACGUGAGCAGAGGUCGUCCUCAUCAAGAAACCCUUUGAUAAGAAAACUGAGAGCAGGUCUCCAGUUCUGGUUCCUGACUGGGGUCCUCUCUUUGGUGGGAUUGAGGGUUUCCUCUCUCGUUGUGCUGGAGUUCUCACUCAGAGCCGUUUCUGCGUUCACCUCAGCCGGCCUGGACGAUGGCCCCAGAGGCCUGGAGCUGCUCCUAAUCCAGAGUCAGUUCUCUCUGGGCUGCAGCCUCACCUGUACUCUGGCCUUCAUCCAUCAGGGGGCUCCACACAGCUCCUUCGGCCUGCUCCUGGCAGCUGCGCUCAGCUGGGCAGUGGCGGACUACUGCAGCAGCCUGUGGAGACAUGUGGCCACACUGUUCCCGCUGCACAGCACCGAGCGUGACUGCGGGAAGUGCACCGGCCUCCUGACCUCUGGACACACCAUGCUGGCUUCACUGCAAAGAGUGGUCAUCCUGGCCUUUGCCGCAGCAGCUGUGGCUUCCACCACCACGGUUUACGAGCAUUUCUUAUCCCAGAAGGAUGCUCUGAAGUUCUGGACUCCGCUGACACUCUGCUACACCAUGCUGGUGGCCUAUAAUCAAGAGGAACAGCAUCGACUGACGGUAACAGAGACCCUGCUGCGCACCGUAGCGCUGCGACUGGGAGGCUUGCUGGUGCUGAUGCUGGCGGUGGGAUACUGGUCGGAUGUUCUUCAUGUCCUCAUCGCCUUUCUGGGAGAAGGAGUCUGUCUGCUGUCUUCUCAGGAUCUGCUGCAGGCUGCGCUACAGGAAGAAGAGGAAAGCGGCAAAGACAAACAGAAGUCCUCCCACGUGUCAAGGAUGAGGAAAGAAAAGUAGAUGACAGCUAACAUGCUAUCCAAACAAAACGUCAUGGGUUAGAGUGGAUGUUUUUAGAAAAUGUUAGUGAGUGGUGUUAGAAGUAAAGCUGGGACAACAGUUUUGAGUUGUAUUUGCUGGCUAAAAGCAAACCUUGCUAUUGUUAAAUAGUGUUUUAUGCAGAGACAAAGAAUAAAGGCAAAGCUAUGAAAAAAGA